GAACUCCUGUAGUCAGCAGCGAAGGAAGAAAUACAGCAAAAUAACUAAAGGACAUUAAAAAUUAAAAAAUAUUUUUCUUAAGGCGGUGUUCUCAUUGGAUGCAGCACUAGAACACAGAGAAAUAGAAAUAGCAUCAAGAAGUUCAGCAGGUAAAAUGAAUAACGCCCAAGAAGAUAAAGAUAAACAGUCUGCAAUGGAGAACAGUGAUUUUAAGGGCAGGAUUGACAAGGUCUUUGGAUCUAUAUUCCAAUUGUCAUCAUCAUCAGACGGUGGGUGGAGAUUAAGUGAUGAGCAGGUGCCAAAAAAGCAAUGGAAGAGAGAUGAGUCUGCAAGUGCAAGGGAAGAUAUGCCAUGUGGGUCUUCCUUUGAUGGCUUCAUGGACAUGGGAGUGCCCAGGGGGAGGACUAAUAAGAAGUCCCAAUGGGAGGGGGAUUAUGAUGAUUCAGAUGAUGAAAGGAAAGCUGAAGAUGGAAGCUCCGGGGGUAAUAAAGCGGAGGAGGAUGAGGUGGAGGAUGAAGCGAGGGGAAUGAGAUUCGUGGUGGGAAUGGAUUCAACCCUUGAUCAAGAGGAUGAGGAAGAUGAAUUUGACAAAGUUGCAGUUGGCAGGGAAGAUGCAGGUGAACGAACUUAUAUGAAAGAGAUUAUGGAUACUGGUCCCAAAAUAAACUCCCAUAAUGCCCUACCAAGCUCGUUGAAUGAAUGGAAAAGCACUGGGAGGGAUCCUCGUGCAAACCAUUAUGCUGCAAGGGCUAGGCUUGAAGAAGAUGAUGAGGAGGCUGCUGCUGCACAUCCUGACUCAGAGAUGGUUGAUAAGCUUAACUUAGGUAACAAGGAAGAGUGUACCAAAUUGAAUGAUGGAAAGGAAAAUAAUGAGCUCAUGCAUUCUAAUAAUGGAAGUGAAAUGGAAAAUGUGACUGUCAGUCUGCCUAUGGAGGAGAUAAAACCUAAAACAUGUCUGAAGUCCAUCAUAAAGGGUAAAAAAAGGCAAACAGAAGUCCAGCAAGACAUGGAAAAAGAAUCUUCACCUUUGGAAGAGGCAGUCAGUGGACUAGGAACAUGUUGUCCAAUGGAUGAUUCUAGCACAGAGAAGCCCAAGAAACGAGUGAGAUUUGACCCUGGAAUUAAUGGUGACCCUGCUGGACAGUUAGAAAAGAAACAUGAUUUGAUCAAGGUUGUGAACUCAAGAAAAAGAUCUUUUGUAAGAGGAGUUGGAUCGUCUAGUUCAUUACAGAUUGGCUAUAAUAGGGUACCUGAUUAUAUUCGGAAUCCCUCUAAAUAUAUACACUAUACAUUAGAUUGGUCAAAUGAGGAUGAUGAGAUGAUAAAUAUGCAAGCUUUUAAUGAAUUCUCUCAGCUUGUGAAGCCAUCUGCAUCUGCACAGCUGGGAGAUUCUGCUGAGCUACCAAAAUCAGUUACUUUCAUUCCCAGAAAAAGGGCAUUGUCCUCUAAUAAAACAAAAGAAGAUUCAAAUACUAGAAACAAUAAUCAGUCUACGGUUGAAGGCUCUAAUGAAAAUUCUAAUCAGCCAGUAAUUUUCCCUUUAGGUAUUGCUGCAGGCCAAUCAACAGAAACUGAAUCACCUACACUUGGCAAUGAUGAAGGUGAAUCUGAGAAAAUUGAUACCAUUAACAAGAAUUCUAGACUAAAUAAAGGAACACGACAAUACAGGUCGAAAACGGAUUCAGAUGAAGAAACAGAGGUUUGAGCAGAGAUUACAGAUGCUAAUUUUGCAGUGCAUAUUCGUUAUAAAGCUGUAUGGUAUUAUUUUUGCGACCAAAAGUGUAAUGCUGCUAUGCAUUUUUAUGGUGUACAGGGUAUCGUAAUUUUUCUGUUUGUUUUGGGAUGUCAUCUUUGAUUUUCUCAUUGUUAAAACCUUGGAAACUGUGGCAUCAUUUUUGUCUUCCAAUGCAGUGGAUUGGUUUCCCUUUUCCACAGUAUGGCCACGCUGUCACAAAUAUGUGCCCAAGUAUAGCAUUGUCUAGAAAUCUAAAAGCAUAAAACAUUAUGUAAUACAUAUGAAAUUAAAAGAAAAGAUACAUUGGGUGAUUGCUGUUUUUUUUU